AUGAGAUUUAGGAGUUGAGAAAUGACCUAUCAUAUAUUCAGACACUAAAAGAACCAAUCAGAAACCGAAACUCAGCAAGCCUCAUUUGCAUAUACACGAAAUAAAUAAUGAGGGCGUUUGGGAUCGCCAACAUUUUCCUGUAGUCAUUUGACGGUAUCACUUCGGCCGCGGACAUGCCUGAACCAGCUAAGUCAGCUCCUGCCCCGAAGAAGGGCUCCAAGAAGGCGGUGACCAAGGCACAGAAGAAGGACGGCAAGAAGCGCAAGCGCAGCCGCAAGGAGAGCUAUUCCGUGUACGUGUACAAGGUGCUGAAGCAGGUCCACCCCGAUACCGGCAUCUCGUCCAAGGCUAUGGGGAUUAUGAACUCUUUCGUCAACGACAUUUUCGAGCGCAUCGCAGGCGAGGCUUCCCGCCUGGCGCAUUACAACAAGCGCUCGACCAUCACUUCCAGGGAGAUCCAAACGGCUGUGCGCCUGCUGCUGCCCGGGGAGCUGGCCAAACACGCGGUGUCGGAGGGCACCAAGGCUGUCACCAAGUACACCAGCUCCAAGUAAACUAGUUACCUGAGUAAAAGCGCCAAAGAUCCAAAGGCUCUUUUAAGAGCCACCCAUGUUGUCAUUUAAAGAUCUGUAAUUUUCCAGACUUGGCAAGACGGAGACUUGCUCUGUCACCCAGGCUAGAGUGUAGUCGCAAUCUCGGUUCACUGCAACCUCCACUUCCUGGGUUCAAGCAAUUCUCCCACCUCAGCCUCCAGAGUACCUGGGACUACAGGCACACACCACCCUGCCCGGCGAAUUUUCCUAUUUUUGGUAGAGAUGGGGUUUCACUAUGUUGGCUAAGCUGGUCCCGAACUCCUAACCUCAGGUGAUCCACCUGCUUCAGCCUCCCAGAGUGCCAGCAUUACAGACAUGCGCUACAGCACCUGGCUUUACAUUUUUUUUUGAGACGGAAUCUCGCUGUCACCCAAGCUGGAGUGCAGUGGUGCAAUCUCAGCUCACUGCAAGCUCCGCCUCCCAGUUUCACACCAUUCUCCUGCCUCAGCCUCCCGAGUAGCUGGGACUACGGGCACCCGCCACCGUGUCCGGCUAAUUUUUUGUAUUUUUAGUAGAGACGGGGUUUCACCAUGGUCUCGAUCUCCUAACCUCGUGAUCCACCCACCUUGACCUCCCAAAGUGCUGGGAUUACAGGCGUGAGCCACUGCACCCAGCCUACAUUCUUUUAUAUGUAUCUAGAAUUAUAAAUUUUAAAGCAAAUAAAGAAACAAUAAUGAACAAA